CGUAAAUUCCAGUUAUUCUGCGGUCUGGCACACUCAGACGAGAGUGCCCUGAAAUCGGAGUAGAUAGCCAGAGUUCAUUUAUUAAUUGUCUGCUUGUUUCAUAUCUGCAAAGUAGUUAAAACGCUGUGUACUCCACUUUAAUUUCUGGGACCGCAAUCAUGACGUCAAAGAAAAAUACAUCAACCAAAGUUCGACAGUUGACACUGCCGACUUCGUUCGACGUUCCACUCACUUCACGUUUGCCGUCCAACCAGGAUACACGAAGAACUUUGAUCUCCUGUUAUCAUUCAUUCUCAUUUCUGUUGAAAAUGGAAACCUAUCGAACACACAUUGUCAUGUGGACUGUCCUGGGGUUAGCAGCAGUCUUCCUGUCUGCCUCAGCCCAUUUGGAGCGGCUCCAAGCUAUUGUGGGACAGAAUGUCCUCCUGCACUGCCCCUGCGAGAAGACAAACGAGAGAACGGACAUUAAAUGGCAGUUAGAAGACCAUACCAUUGUGCUUCACCACAAUAACAGGAAUAACACCACAACCAUCGGGGAGGGAUACGAAAACAGGGUCAGUCUCUUUCUGAAUGAAGACAGGGGCAACUGUUCCCUGCUCCUCUCAGGCAUCACUGUCGCAGACAAUGGGAUGUACAAAUGCUACAUUAAAGCCAAUACUUGGAACUACUUUCGCAUCACUCUGCAUGUUGCUGCGAGCUACAGUGUAUGUAUGCACCAGGUACCAGACAAGGCUUCGGUGGGUUCCGGAGGGGGAGAGGGGUUCGGGGUGUACCAGUGUAAAGCCUCCGGGGGAUACCCAACGGGCCAGAUUCACUGGAAGAUGGAUGGACAUCCUCUGGUGAACAUCUCCAGGAGGGAUGAGACCCACCUGGAUAACUCUACAGGACUCUACAGUCUGACGAGCAACCUGACCAUGGAGCUGAGUCAAGGUGAAAAACUGCAGUGUAUGGUGAAGAACACAUACCAUGCCUCUAACCUCAGCUCCAGCUGCAAUGAAACGCCUGGAUCCAGUAGAAAUAGUCUCAGUAAAGUAGCAGUAGGUGUGUCUGUCAGCGUGGUUGUGAUGCUUGUUGCGGGAGUCCUGCUGGUGAUCUUCUUACUGACUAGAUGUCAUCGGCGUGAAAGGCCAACGCAGAGAGACACGGAGGAAGGAAACGUGACCCAGCCGUUGAACAUCUAUGAAGACUCUGUCUGAGUGUGUCUUCUCCCUCCGAUACAACAAUCUCUCCUCAACUGACGGACGACAAAAUGGAGGGAUGGUGACUUGCAACGAGAGGAACUAAAACUUAAGAUAAUGCCUGUGUUAAAAGUAGCACUGUAGAGCAACAUUGUGCAAUGUGUUGUACUGUCAUGUCUGAACUAUAUUCUGUGGCCGUAAUGCAACGAGGCCACGAGCACCUGAAUGUGUUGUACUGUCAUGUCUGAACUAUAUUCUGUGGCCGUAAAUCAACGAGGCCACGAGCACCUGAAAGUGGUUCAUCACGGUUUGCCCCAGUUCGGUGACACUGAACUGACCCGAGUUACAAAUACAAUGACGAGGGUUAUGUACAAAAUGAGGCCAUGGAGACAAGUUUUAGGAAGUGAAAGGGAUGAGGGGAACAGCAUGAUGCAUGAUGGGAGAAAUGACUGUGGUCAAUGGACUGAACAUGAGCUGGACUCAGUAAAUGAAGUCCAGAGAAAUCCCAAUAAAUAAAGUAGGCCUAAGGCAGCCUGUAAAUUGCAAUUCUAGAGUUGACUAACUACAGGUGCAUUCACAUUUCUAAGAAGAGAAGCAGAUGAUACAGGACUACUAUAGUUAACAGCCAUCAUGGAAACUCUUGUUACAUACAUCUUGUUUUAUACAUCUACCGCUAUCUAUCUUCCUGGUGUUAACCAUUUUAAUCAUGUUGAUAAUUAAUGUUGAUAAUUCAUGUUUCAUGUACAGCAGUCAUUUCACCUUUUAAAUGUGAAUUUAAUUAUCUGAAUAUGUGAAGAAUUUGACAUUAUCAAUGUUUUCAUUGCUUUUUAUGAUGUCGCUUGCUGUGAACCAAGCAUGUCAUGGAAUGACUACAUCUAAAGAUUAGUAACACUUACAAAUGUCAAGCAAAUUCUUUGCUUGCUCCAGCUCUAUGGUUAUGGUUGGUCCAGGGUCAGUUUUGUUGUAUUAUUAACCAUAUUGUUUAAGCUUACGACAUAGGAAGAGCUGAUCGGAAAUCAGGGAAAUAAAAUUAGUUUUUAUAGGUCUUGUCCUGAGGAACCAAUCCAAGAUUCACAUCUGUGUUCAUAUUUAUUUUGUGAUCAAGUUAUUUUUUGGUUGACAGGAGCAAAGAAAAGGAUCAACAGAUACAAAACCACAUAUACAAUAUAUCCCCCCCCCCCCUUUCCACCCACAUGACCUGCUUAUUUGAGUACAAAUAUCAAAGUAGUGAUUUUAAACUGUUAAUUGUUGUAGUCCAUAUGUUAAUACUCUGAUUUUGCACCAUGCAGUCGAGAGAAUGACAGUUCAAGUUGAGCUAUGUCCAUUAAUGUGGAAAUCCAUUGCUGAUGUGUCAGAGUGUGUUGGCUGCUGUUAGGCCGGCAAGCCAAAUCCUUUGUUGCCUGGGUGUUAGGUACAGUGUAGUUAGUCAUCAUUAAGCAGUAGGACAUUGGAAAGACAAGGGAUGGGUUUAGAUAAAAUGCUUGAUAAUGAUGAAGCCACAGAUUGCCAAAAGGAGAAAAUCUGUGUUAAUAUUUUUAUACCACUUUUAUACCACUUGUUUUUUAUACUGUAAGUGACAAUUCUGGCUAUAAAAAAUAGAAACAUAAAAAGUAAUCUAUUAAAUGCAUUUUAAUGUUUUUCUGUGUGAGAAAGUGCUGUUCAGUCGUUUGUAGUGUUGGAAAGUAGCUGAAAUUGUCUGCCCUCUUCCAAGAAAAACAGUUAUGUUGGUGUUUCUUUUUUAAAUAAACUGUAUGUACUGUGAAUUUGAAAUGGCAUAAUAAACGCUAUAUUAAAUGCCAUAAUAAACCUUAUAUUAAAGCACA